CCCGCGCGCGAGCCUGGGCGGGGAGGGAGGGGCCAGGAAGCGGCUAGCGCGCUGGGGAGCGCAGCUGCGGGCGUGGGGGUGGCAGGAGCCGCGGAGCCGGCACCGAGAGCGGCUGCGGCUGGAGCCGGCGGUCCAGACAAAGGCGACGGGUUGGUUGUGAAGUUUGUGGACGUUUGACUGAAACCUGGAACCCAAAUGAGAAGAAACCUUCAAGGAACAACUUCUAUUGAUAGUGAGUCUACAGUCAUCUGUAUGCAUAAUAUGGAAUGUUCUCAAACCACAGAUAGCUAAAUGGGUGACUCCAUUGACCAGGAGUGACUACCUGUUAGACGCCCUGCAUCAGGACUACAAUUUUUGUACCUUCCUGGUGGUUGAGAAGCGAGUCUUUGUAGAACAAGAAGGAAAGAAAGGAAAACAGAUUGACUUUCUUCAUUAAAUUGACUGUAUAAGAUACUUGACUUCCAGGAACAAGAACACAGAGAAGUAAUAAAAUUAUUUUUUGGGCAUCAUUGGACAUUCAGCAUAUCAAGGAGCUUGCUUUGUGAAGUUUCCUGAGCCAAGAUUUGAAAACUUCAUUGGUGCUCAUUUAUACUGUGGACUAUAAGCAUGAGUGAAUUCUGGUUGUGUUUCAACUGCUGUAUUGCAGAACAGCCUCAGCCUAAAAGGCGCCGGCGGAUUGACCGAAGUAUGAUUGGAGAGCCAACAAAUUUUGUGCACACGGCUCAUGUAGGAUCGGGAGACCUAUUCAGUGGAAUGAAUUCAGUUAGCUCCAUUCAGAACCAGAUGCAGUCGAAGGGGGGCUACGGGGGUGGGAUGUCUGCCAGUGUGCAGAUGCAGCUUGUGGAUACGAAGGCUGGAUAGCCCCGAGUCCUGUCUCCUGUCAUUGUGAAUUUGUGUUUUCUCUUUUCACUCCUCUUUAAUUUGUUGUUGUGAUUCCUUUUCAAAUACAAAAAAGAAGUGUGAUGGCAUCUUGUUCACCCUGUUGUGAUUUCUCCAGUGAGACGUUCUUGUUCUGCUCUGAAGAAGCUGUUGUCAGAUGAACCUUGCAUUUCCUUCGGCUGGCAUGCAUGCCUUUGGACUCACGGACUUUGGAUCGUGGCUUCAUUUUUAUCAAUUAUGGAUCUGAUCUUAGCAUGAUCUUUUUUUGUGAAUGCUAGCACUAUUUUGCAUCCCCCCCCCCCCAUUUUAAACGUUUCUAUUUCCAUCUCCAGCCCUCUGCCUUAUGAGUUUGUUGGUAAGGUAGGACCUGCUAUUGUUAGUCACUGUUUCUGUAUAUUUUGGAAGGUAUGACAUCCAUAAGCACAAUGAUCAUUUUUAUUCAUUUGAAACUUGAGCAGAAUAGAUACCGCAUGCUUUAUGAAGUUGCUUUGUCUGGGAGCCCAGAAAUGAGUGUUUCUUUGCUGCUGUGGGCUGAGGGUAACUGCUGCUGUUAGAGAGAGGUUAGCUGUGGCACCAAGUCAUAUCAGUUUCACACACACAAAGGUAACCUGUAGCUUACUCUAUAAUUAAAACCUGGCAUUCAUAAGGUGUUCAUUCAGUUGUAAAUGUUCGGUGUAUUUAUUCUGAGAGUGAGGACCUGUGAUUUGCGAACGAGUGUGGUUGUGUGUCAGAGUGCUGUGGUGAGGCCCUCAUCCAGGCUCAUGUGUACUCACUCUGUUUUGACUUAUUUUAAUAUGAUGAUCUAUGUGUUUCCACUAUUAACUUCUGGCCGGUACUACUAACUGCAGUGUCAGUGGCCUUUCCAUAUUCAAACCUGUUUUGGGGCAGUGGAAGUUAACCCAGAGCAAUAGAGUGACUUGGCCGAAUUGUUGCCAGUGAAGAAAUCUAUAUGGUGAUUUGUUAGGAGAUUGGUGAGAAACCAUUGCUCAGGCUCCAGAAUCUUUAUUCUUCAUAAAUGAUGUGUAUUUCAGGUAUUUCUGUAAGUACUUCCCCUUCUCUGUGAGGGUAUGGUGUAUGUAUUCUUGUUGUUUAAAUCCUAUGUCCAGUGUAGUCCUGACUAACUACAUUUAGUAGGAUUAAUAUUUUAUGCAGCAAAUGGGACUUAGGUGAAAAUGUAGACAGCUAAGAAAUUAGGUAAGUAAUUAUUUUCUUUGCAUCUUAGUCCCAGGUUCUUAUGAACCAGGUAACUGGAUAAAUAGCUUAUAUAAGGCAAACCAGGAAAGCGGUGCUUCUGAAUAGAACUGACCAGUGCAGUGAGGCGCUGGAUUCCUCAGUGCUUGUAUUUCAACAGUUGGAGGCUUCAUAGGUGUCAGUCCCAGAAAGAAUCUGUCAAGGAAACAUUUAUGCUUACUAAUAAAACAAGGCCAUUUGCAGUUUAAUUUACGGUGUGUAUACUGCGUUCUGGCAUUUGCUGAGGACCCAUGUCGUUCUUCUCAGCCAGAGUCUGUGUCCUGCCAUGGAUAGUGCUUUGUCCGUGGUCUUAGAAAACCUUGGAUUUUCUGGGCCUUGUCCAUAGUGAUGCUCUUUAGUCUAUUUUGACUUUAAAAAUUAGUAGAACUUUUAUAUAUGUCCUAUAACUCCAGGAUUCCUAGUACAGGGAGCCCUGCUCCUAGGUCUUGAACUCCUGAUUUGUUUUAUUCCCCCUCCCCCCCGCUUUUUGUUGUUGUUGUUGUUUUGUUUGUUGUUGUUUUUUUGUUUUACUUCUCUGUUUUCUAAUCAAGAUCUUCUGUGUGGACCAAAUACUUCACUGAGUUCUGGAGCAUAUCCCCGUGGUGACCCCAGGUGUAUGCUCUUGAGUGUGUAACUGACCUGCAGUAGCCACCCCGUGUGCAAGACCAUAUGCUGAGGGAAGGUGCCAAUAAAUUCAAGAAGAAAUGACAAAAAAUUUUUACAGUAAUCUUAAACACAGAUUUUUUAGGUAGGCUUGAAGAUAGUGAAGGGUGGCAAGUUCCCCACAUCAUCAGUGGGAUUGUAAAUCUUGGGCCAUGUGUCUCAUUUUAAAAUUGAAUCUAAAGCAAUAGGAUUGACUGUUAGUACUUUGCUGAAAUACAUGCUAACAUUCAGUGCACAGGAAACUGAAUGAAGGUUUAACCAAUGCCAUGGAUUCUGUCAGUGAUCUGCAUUUGUUACAAGAGGUGCUUUCCCAUGAUGUAGGCAGAAGUUGGUGCCAAUAAGAAAUGUUCACUAUGGUGACUGGGUUCAGCAUUUCCAAUGCAGCAUUAUCGCCUUUAAAGAUAUUUUGUGAGUAUAUAUUAGCUUUCACUUUUGUUAUUAAAUUAUAGCAGUUUCAUUAUAGAGAGCAAGUAAGUUUGCCUUGAUUUUGUUUUAAAAUGACUUCUGCUCAGCACCCAGAAGAUAAAAUUGACAUAUUUUUAUAAUAUAAGCAUACUUUUUUUGUACAUUGUGUUCAUUCAGUGUUGGCUUGUAGAUAUUAAAAGAAAUUAUUGAUUUUGAUUCAAUAAAUGUUUUCUUUCCAUCCUG